CACUACCAAGUCUCCUUCCUUUCUCUUUCUUUCCACCAUUCUAGAAGAAGAGAAGAAAGAAGCUGAGAAAUCAAAGAAAAGUAAAUCAAACGCCCAAACAGUCAAAACACAAUCUUCUCCAGUUGGAUUCCUUCUCGAACAUCAGAAUACCAUCUCUCUCUUUCCUAAAUAUAAUGCAUUUUUUUAGUAUCUCCAACACCCAAAUUCCAUAGCCUAUCUCCCACCAAAGAAGAUGAUCUUCCAAAGAGAAGCCGACGACAGAGAAGAAUCGCUCUCCUUCUGCGAUCUCCCAAUCGCUAAAGACGUAAACGGAGGUGGAAACAUCGCCAGAGAAGAAAAUGGGAGACCCCCAAAUCAAGAUUUCUUCGAAUUCUUCAAUGAACUUGGCGACGAGAUGUCCGCUGCCGAAGACAUCUUCCUACAGUGGAAGCUGCUGCCGAACAUGAAGAACGAACGCCAGAACCGUUGUAAUUUUAUAAAGAAGAGCUUCUUCCAUCCACGAUCGGAGUCUUCGAACGAAUUGCACCGAUCUCGUCCAGAUGUUCGGCCGGAGCGGAAUAGAUUCUCGGCCGAGUACCGGAAAUCGGAGAGACCGUCGUCGUCAAGCUCGAACACGCCAACGCAGAGUCUCGCCGUGCAAAUGCCGAGACGGGUUCCGAGAGGGAGAUGCGAUUCGCCCCCGGAGCGGAAAUCUCCGGCGCGGCCUAAAUGGUAUUUGCUCAUGUUCGGGUCCAUGAAAGUGCCGGCGGAGAUGGAGAUGAAAGAUAUACGGACCCGACAGAGGCGUCGGAACCUGUCGUCGUCGGCGACAUUGUUUCCGUCGUUAGACAGAAGCCGGACGGUUUCCGUCAAGACGGAGGAGGACGGAAAGAGGCCGAAGAAGCUGCUACGUGCUUUCAGCUGCAGAGACCAAGAUGCCGCCGCUGUAACGGCGUCGCUGAGUUGCAUGCCGCACGUAUGAGGGUGCCGUCGGUCGCACGUGGGAAGUAGUUGGGAUUAUUUGCCGGAACAGACCUAUGGUCAGCGUUUAUGAUAUUUUUUUAGGGCGGGCUCCUGUCGUAGCGGGUAGGUGUGGGCCCACGUGAUGCAUGCAUACAAUCAAAACAGUCCAUAUGCGUCAGCAUAUAUUACGUACAGGGCCAUAAAACAAGGUAGAUCUGUGAAUCAGGUGGGCCACACCAUAGGAAACAAGUUGGGAGAGAACAACCACCCUUGAUUUACAUGGAUGACCCAACGUGUUGUAUAUAUAUAAAAUCCAGACCAUUCAAACCCUUCCUAUGGUCUGGAUUAAUAGUACUACCGAAAAUAAGAUGUCUCCAUGUGGACCAUCGUGGACAUCUAGGUGGGCAUACCUAAUCACAUUGUUCUUUGUUUUGUGUCACAUUUGACGGUUGGAUCGUUCUGAUUUUAGUUUUAGAGAUGUAAUAUUACGUGAAGCAUCUGAUGGACGGGUUGGAUUUCUUUCUACACUAAAUGGGCCCCACAUAUACCCUGUACCACUGCAAACUUAAUGUGUUCCCGGGACCACUCGACCGCGCCCUAUUUUUAAGUAGGAUUUUGUAGGUAUGGAAAUGGACGGUUGGGUGGGUGCGAGGACAUGAAAUGAAUGAAUAUAGUUCACGUGAAGCUUGAUGCUGGCGUUUAAAAAGUUAUUUUUUAUUUUUAAAAUAUUGGUCCGUUUGGAUGUCUC